UAAGAGUUUAGUCAGUGAGGAGAGAUGGUGUGUGGGAGCUUCCUGUCAUACUUUAAGACAAUGUUCAUUCCAAGCCGGGGUGUAGUGUGGCUAAGAGUGUACGUCCAGAUGAUGGCAAUGGUUCUGACGGUUGCCGCCCCCACCAAAAUCAACACCUCCUCCUCUUCCUCCCGCCUGGUAGUGGGGCCUAAGUCCCCGUACUGUCGCAGCCAAGAGAGUGGUCUCGUCUGUAACUUUACGGAUGCACAAGAGCCUGUAUAUGUGCAAGAUUCAUUGUUUGUAGAAGGCAAAAGAGCGGACUUAUCAACGUCACGGAAAGUGGAGAUGAUAAGUCCACCUAUCCUUCAUCUUCCAGACGUCACUUGCGUGGAGAAAAUGAGCAUCCGCAACACAUACCUGGUGCUAGUAACGGAAGACAAAGCAACAAAAACAGAAAGCUGCACACACCUGCAAGAACUUCUCAUCUUCAACAGCACCGUAACAAGCAUCCCCUCCAGUGUGACGCACCUCACUGUGGUCAGCUCUAAGGUGACCUACUUGGAUCUCCCGCUGUGUAUACAACGUGCUUCUCUUAUCAAUUCGCACAUCAAGUUUUUCAGGACCAGCUCACCAUUGCGCGAUGCUGUAGUGAACGUGGCGUCGUGCACUAUAGACCACAUAGAGGAGCUACGUACAAGUGCCAAUGCCAUGAUACAUUUCUUGACUACCAACAUCACUUCUGUGCGAAUGGAAAACGUAAAACUUGGGCAGAAUACAACUCUUGAUAUCAGAGAAAGUGGGUUCAUGCCGAUAAAUAGUCCUGAGCUUGGGAUAUCUUCCGGCGUGAAGGUCAUUCUGAACAAUAUGAAGGGCAAACUUACCGUAAUACAGUUGGCCGCUGCUAAGAAGACUAAUGCCAUCCAACACCUGCCUGCCCACCACACAACCUAUUACCUUGUGGGAUUUAUCAUUUGCUUAGUCCUUUUGAUCGUCCUUUUUUGCAUAGUCGUGUGUUUCAAAUGUAUUAAAUAUGGCAAAAAUAUAGUAGAGAAAGGCAAUGGUGUCUGUAUGCAUAGUCAACCCAGAAAACGAGAUAAAAUUAAAUCCCCCACUCAUACCAAACUCGAAUCAGAACAGCUCCUGGAAGAACGUAAGACUCUACCUGCAGCUGAGUCGCAACACAGAAACACUGAAAUUUCAUCUUUUACUGGAAGCAACUUGAACAAGGAGGGAGAAAGAAGAAGUCACAGCGUUGAGGCCGUAGGAGACGAUGACCAACAACAGCCACAGACACCACCACACACCUCCUUACACACACCAUCAUCAAAUAAACAAACAUAUCUCAGUGACAGUGUACGGAAGAGAGCACAAUAUAGUAAACAACUUAAAUUUUAACAGUUAGUAGCACAUACCAGUAAUAAUACAUAUAUGUCCCCACAGAGUCGUUUCAUUUUGUAAUUCAGUUCCAACUUAAUUUUGUCAGAUUGAACUUGUUCCUAUCAAUCAAGAAUUUACCACUGGUCAUAAUAGUGAGAAUUGAUAUGUACUGUCGCCUGCACUUUUACGUGGUACAGUGACUGGCCCGUUUUGUGAGAUGUGGCACCUCUGUGUUUGUUUACAAUUACAUCAUAUUGAAAACCUCCCGGAAUGGCCAUCCGGACCCUCGCAAUAGUAGCCUAGGGAUGCUAGAUAAGUAUUUUAUAGAGCUGCCAUAUCUCACAACGGGCCAGCCACUAAAGGCUACCUGGCAUAAGAUUCUGGUCAUGUUACUUUGUUGUCAUUUUUUUUGUAAGAAUUUUACGUCUUAGAUUUAAUAGCAGACUAUUAAUGUUCCAACACAUUAACAAUAAAAUUAUGUUAUUAUCAA